AUGGAGUCAGAUAAAUCCAAGGUCUCGGCCCUCAAGUCCGGGUAUGCGGCCUCGGCAGACCCGGAGGUCGAUAUGGACAAGGGGCAAGUUGCCCUUACGGGCGUUCCGGACAUGCACAUGAAGCGAAACUUCAGCAUCGUCAGUAUCAUUGCGUUAGGAUACAAUAACACGAACAGCUGGGUCGCCAUCGCCACGAGCUUCGCCAUUGCUAUCCAGUCGGGAGGGGCAGUCUCUCUGCUGUACGGCAUUAUUGUCGUCACUGCUGCCAUGUUCUGCACUGGUGUGACCUUGGCAGAGCUGGCCAGCGUGUACCCCACCGCCGGGGGCCAGUAUCAUUUCACCUCUAUAUUGGCCUCCAAGCGAUGGAGCCGCGGACUGUCGUACUUUAGUGGUAUGGCUGCCGUAUUUGCGUGGAUUACGCUGGGGGCCUCGAUUGCACUAUCUGGGACAGAAGCCCUCAUGGCCGUUGUGAUUCGAUGGCAGCCGUCAUACGAAGCUAAGAGCUGGCACUAUUUCCUAGUGUAUCAAUUGAUGAAUGCAAUCAUGGUCAUAUACAAUAUUUUCUUGACCAACAAGACUCUCUGGGUGUACAAUCUAGGCUUCAUCCUGUCUAUCUCGACCUUCCUGGCCAUUAUUAUAACCUGCCCGGUGCGAUCCUCUGCGAAGGUCAACACGUUUGAGACAUGGGGUCAAUUCGUCAACGGCUCGGGCGGUUGGCCGGAUGGCAUCUCGUUCUUGACCGGUCUCUCCACUCCCCAGUUCAUGUUUUCGGGGCUCGACGCCGCACUUCAUCUCGCGGAGGAAUGUCUUGAGCCGGCACGCAUUGUACCAAAGGCUCUUAUUGUCACUGUAACGGUGGGGCUUCUAACAGGGUUUCCCUUUGCGAUUGCCAUCCUCUACAGCUACAGCAAUGUUGAAUCAUCUCUCAACACACCAACAGGAUUCCCCAUCUACUUCAUUUGGGAGAAAGCUACCCGCUCCCCCACCGCAGCAACAGUCUUCAUGGCUGCGUUGUUUGCCGUCUCCUUUGUCGCACUGAAUGCGGUGCAUCAGACUGCCUCUCGACUCACGUGGUCGUUUGCCCGCGAUGAUGCUUUAUUUCUUUCCAACCGAUUCUCCAUUAUACACCCUACCCUUGGAGUACCAGUCUAUGCGCUUCUCCUUGAUGGCGUGGCCGUGCUGCUAGUUGGGAUUGUCUACGUUUGUUCGACGACAGCAUUCAACGCCUUUAUCAGCACCACGGUUGUCGUGGCACAGAUCUCCUAUGCCAUCCCAGCGCUUCUUCUACUCAUUGGGCGCAGAGAUCCGCAGUACCUCCCGCCCGACCGCCUGUUCAAAGUACCCAACCUGGUGGGCUAUGUUUCGAAUGUGGUCUGCGUUAUAUGGGCUAUUAUCCUGACGAUUUUCUUCUGCUUUCCUACUGAGCUUCCAGUCACGGGGAGUAACAUGAAUUAUGCUUCAGUUGUGCUGGCCAUUAUGCUGAUCCUGGGAGUUGCGAACUGGUUUGCGUAUGCCCGGCAGCAUUACCACGGGCCACGGUUAGACAUGUGA